AUGAAAUUCUCAAAGUUAGUAUCGGCCCGACUGAUCUCGACGGCGCGUACGUAUUCCGGGACCGUUCCGGCUAAGGCUGUGUAAUUCGGUGGGAACAAGGGAUGAUCGAGGGUGAUCCAGCCGGGUAAAAAGUAACUGCGAAAGUGGGUGACCCCUUGGCAGAAAUUGGAAAAUCAAUAGAGUCUCGCGGCGCGCGACGACGGUAGCCGCGCGGCACGCGCCUCUCUCCGGAAGUUUGGAGGUUAUGUCGCGCGUUGUGUUACGAAAUCCGCGGAGGAGCCGCCGCGUCGCACGCAGGCCGUCCGUACGUGCUAUUUUCGUUGCGGCGAGGACUGUGUCCAUCGUGUAGGCGCCGCGCGACGCUUACGCGUUUUAUAAUGCAUCUGCAUGCGAAGGGGAGCCACGCGAGCGCCGUGAGGUAGUAGACCAAAAAUGGGCAGGAAGAAGGCUCAUGCAUCGUCCAGGGGUAAACAACCGGGCCCGUCACCUGCACCGCAGCAACAGCGGCACAUAUCCGCGGCGAAGAGGAACGAGCUCAACGUCCUGUGCGAGAAACUCUUUCAUCUGAGCAGCAACCCAGCGUACGUGACGCAGUCAUGGAACAACUACUUGGAUAUAUCGGAAGUUCUGCUGAAGGUUAAACGUCUGGAGGAGAUGAAGACGGAAUUGUCGUCCCAGCGAUCCCAGGGGAUUGGACAAUUUGUUAACUGGCUGACGGAGAACGGGGCGCGGGUGGACGGCCUGAGCGUCGCCGAGUUCCCGGGAUACGAUCUCGGACUGAGGGCGGACGUCGACUUCGCCGAGAACCAAUUGAUCCUGGAGAUACCCAGGGCGCUCAUCUUCAGCACGUACAGCGCGGCGUCGGAGCUGGCCGUUCUGCAAAACGACCCGCUGGUGCAGCACAUGCCGCAAGUGGCGUUGGCCAUUGCGCUUCUCGUGGAGAGAUAUAAGGAGAACUCCAAGUGGAAGCCCUACUUGGAUAUGCUUCCAAGCAGUUACAAUACGGUUUUAUACAUGAAGACCAAUGAUAUGAUCGAGCUGAAAGGCAGCCCUACAUUAGAGGCCGCAUUGAAGCAAUGCCGAAAUAUUGCGAGGCAGUAUUCCUAUUUUAACAAAGUAUUUCAAAAUACCAACAAUGACGUUUCAGCGAUUCUACGAGACGUUUUCACUUACGAGAGAUAUUGCUGGGCAGUCUCCACGGUGAUGACGAGGCAGAACCUGGUCCCGAGUCCGGACGGUUCGCGCAUGAUACACGCUUUAAUCCCGAUGUGGGAUAUGUGCAAUCACGAGAACGGAAGGAUUACGACGGACUUCAACGCGACCUCGGAUCGCUGCGAGUGCUACGCGCUGAGGGGCUUCAAGAAAGGGGAGCAGGUGUUCAUAAGUUACGGCCCGAGAACCAACUCCGAUUUCUUCGUGCACUCGGGAUUCGUCUGCAUGGAUAACGAACAAGACGGCUUUAAGCUUCGUCUCGGCAUUAGCAAAGCGGACUCCCUGCAGAAGGAGCGGAUCGAGCUGCUGGGCAAACUGGAUCUGCCGUCGGUAGGGGAAUUUUUGCUGAAGCCGGGCACGGAGCCCAUCUCCGAUACGCUGUUAGCCUUCUUGCGGGUGUUCAGCAUGCGAAAAGCCGAGCUCACGCAUUGGCUACGCUCGGACAAGGUCUUCGACCUGAAGCACGUGGACUGCGCGCUGGAGACGGUCGUCGAGGAGAAUGUCAGAAAAUUUUUGCUGACCAGGCUGCAGCUUUUAAUCGCUAAUUAUCCGACAACACUGAAGGAGGAUCUGGAGCUGCUGGAUACCACGUUGCCGCAGACGAAAAAGAUGGCGGUUCAGCUGAGGGUCACGGAAAAGAGAAUUCUUUCGGGCGCGCUCGAUUACGUGGAGCAAUGGAUAAAGGCUUGAAAUGAUCGGCUGUGGUUCUUUUUUCUUCGGCGAGGAUAUCAUACUUACGACUAGAAGCAUCUCGAGAGAAACCAACUUUAUUUUUACAAUAUUUCCGAACGAUUUCAAAUAGAAAAGUAAGAUAUAUACAUAUAUAAAAGUGGACGAAUUAUAAUUAAUAAAGCGUAUAUUUAUCGUCUGUUAAAUACGCAAACUCUUCAUAGUCGACGUGUGUGCGCGUACUAAUUGUAAGGAAAAAACAUAUUGUAAAAUAUACUUGAGAAUUAUUACGGAUGAUCGACGAUUAUAUAUGUACGUCUACGUGAUAUAUAAUGUAAUUGUAUGAUAAUUGUGUGUUCAGCAAACAUCUUAAUUCUUGUUGUCGUAGAAAUGAAGAUUUUCAAGCUUGGUUUUUUCGUUCGAAAAUUGCAUACGAAUCAAAUGCCGAUUGAUAGAGAGAGAAUGAGAGAUCGAAUGAUUCUGAUUUUUAUGAUCAUGAGAAUUGAUAUUUUACUUGCUCUGCUUUGAUAUAUAUAUAUAUUUAAAAAAAAAUGAUAUUCAUAUACAAAGGAGAAUAUUGUUAAUGAACAUUUAUUUUUCAGAACGAAUACAUAACAGAGCUGAAAUUCUUGAUGUGAAACUAUAUAAUAGCGUAGGCCUACGACAUUAGAUUUACAUACGCCGCAAGAUAUUUCCUGACGCACGAGUGAAUUUGAACGACCCGCGUAAAUAUGACCAUACGAGGUGUUUCCGAGUGUUUAUCAUGCAUUAUAAAAUCGCGUUUAGUAUCCCCCCCCCCCCACGUGAUUCAUCACGUUACUGUAAAAAAAAAAAACGUUGCGAGAACUGUGCCGCGCGUCUCACGCGCCGAUUAUAUCUCUAGGAAAUGCCAGAUUUCACGAAACGAAAUUGAUUAAAAUUAACGAAGCUAAUUGUAGCGAGACGCUAUGAUUAUCAGGCUACAGCAGGACUGAUAGCUCGGAAUAUCGCUUUUUUAAAUAUAUUUCAAUAUAGGAAUAAUUAAAAGAAUGUUAUAUAAACAUACACUAUUUGACAUGUACGUAAUAUACACGAUGAGAUUUUAAAACCUAUAAUGCGAUCAGUAUAUGUACAUAUACCUUUACAGGCUGUAAGAAAAAUUUAUUGCAUACGCGACGCAAUCUUUCGGAACGGAUAAUUCGCAUAAUGUGAGCGUCAAGUGUGAUAGCGGAAUGUAUUUACAUUACAAAUUUAUAAUUUGUAUCUAUUCCGUAUUUAGGGUCUUGUAGAAAAAGAGACUUGCGUUGAUUGGAAAAUUCAGGAACACAAAGCAGAAAGUGAAAGUUAACGGAAUUUCAGUCUUAUAAAUAAAAAUAAAACAAAAAAAAAUAAAAGAUAUAAUGUACAUAUAAUUAAUAAAAAUGAAAAAUUAUAAUAUAUAUAUAUAAUAUCUAGCAAUUAUUUUUAAAAUUAAACUUAUCACAUUGCACUUUUCGUACAUACGUAUUCAAUAAUUAAUUGAAUUAAAAAAAAAAUUAUAUUUGAAACCGCAAACGAUGGCAAUAGAACAUCAUGAAAAAACUUGCAGAAUUCUCAGGACUCAAACUUUAUUUUCAUUUGCGGAACAAAUCUAUUAAUAUAAUUACUGCGCAUAAUAUAAUAUAUAAAUCUCUACACACAUAUAUUUAUAUUAUAUAGUAAUUAAAUUCUGCAAAAUCUCUUUUUAACACGCUAACAAACACAGCGAACCAAAAGAAAAGUAAAUUUGUAAAAUAAUGUUUAAUGAGCACCACAAUCAUCAUAGCUCCUCGUUUCGAAGCUGCUUUUGCAAAAUGGAUGACAAUCGAUAUUAUCAGUAACUGCUUAUCUGAAUGUGUUCCUAAAUUUUCUGACGAUAGCGUAUAGAGAAUUCGACCGCACCACUCCACGUUGAUACACAUGAAAAGCUGUAUUAUACGCGAAAUUAUCUAAAUGCAAAAAUAGCCGUGGCCGAUGAAGUGCAACAUAUAUUCCAUAUAUUCUACCUCAAAUAUACCUGGUAUUUCUCAUCGAUUAAUGUUAAUGUAUUAUAUUUUUUUAUUUUAAUAAUUUUAAAUACAAUACAGUCUUUAGUAUAUCAGCGCGGAGCAGCGCAAGCAGUCGAAUUCGCUACUAGGUUCAUCAGAAAAUACCUGCUAUUUCGAUCGUUUCACAACUAUCUGUUUCCGUAUCUAUUUUUCUUUCCUUAUCUAUCUUUCGGAUCGCUAAUAUAUGUGUUUAAUUAUCAUCGAUAUACUUUACUUAACAAGAGAAAGAAGAAGAAUGUAACAUGUUCUAUGUAAAAUUAACGGUCUGUGGUAUAAAUUGAUAUCAAAAUCCUGAA